AUGUCUUUUCGUCCAGUUGUGUCGCAUUACAGGAGAGUUCAUGCACCAAACCGGAAAUAUUUGCCCUCGGAUAUCAAUAUCCGCAUGAUGUACGGCAAUUACAGUGAGAAAGAGCCUGAAAUAAAUGUUUCCUAUGGAUUUUAUAGGAAUGUCGUAAAUGAGCUUAAAAUAUCCUUCACAAAGCUUGGACACGAGGAAUGUGAAUUGUGCGAAAAAUUUUCUAUUCACAACCCUAACGCAGCAAUAAGACACAGGAAUUGCGAAAAAUGCCAAGAAUAUGAAGGUCAUCACACUAGGAACAUUUCAGCCAGAAAAAAAUAUGAAGAUGAUGUUGAACGUCAAACGAAGCAAAAAAGUACUGACACCAUAAUAUUUGCAGUUGAUUUAGAAAAGAAGACUGCUCUUCGUCGUAUAAAUUACAACAUUCUGUGCCGCGAGCUUAUAAACAUAUCUGACAUCACUUUUCGGCGUGGCAGCAAUUCGAUGUUCUACAAGAACAGCCAUGACACUGAAAAGCAAAUAGAAUGGGAUUUCUUGAGAAUUAAAAAUCUUAAAAUUGGCAUUCCAUUGCCUAAGCAGAAGCUUUCUCCACGAGGUAUAACAUUUGAGAGAAAAUCAGCUAUACUUUCCAAGCUUGGGCCACUCAUGCCUGACAACAGAAGAGGUUUUUGGGAAACCCUACCCGUUAACGACAGUUCAGCUGAUCUCACAGAAAUUUAUGAAGACUGA